GGCCUUUGCAGUCGAAGGCUGUGGUUGGCUGAUGGAUGAUAAUUAAACACCUACACAGUGGAUACACAAACCUUUCUCAUACAUAUAUAGGGAUGUACACCUUAACUGCAUGCAGCAGAAUCAAGAGUUGGUCUACCACUUGAAAGACGUCAACCUUACCAGUUUUCUCAGAGGAAGAUCUGAUAAUCAAGACAAGGGAACAAUGGUUAUGUUGAAGAUCUCUGCUUUCCUUGUCACCUAUGCCUUGGUUAUAUGUCAGAUGUACAGCUCACAAGCAGCUCCAGCCAGCAGACCUGGUUUAGAGUCAAUGACAGACCGUGUCACACUCAGCGACUAUGAAGCUCGGAGGUUACUCAAUGCUUUAGUAAAAGAAUUUGUGCAAAUGACAGCAGAAGAACUGGAGCAACAAGUGAAUGACGGAAAUAGCCUGGAUAGACCUAUUUCCAAGCGCUGCUCCAAUCUGAGUACUUGUGUCCUGGGCAAACUGUCGCAGGAAUUGCACAAAUUGCAAACUUUCCCUCGCACUGACGUCGGAGCAAGCACGCCUGGCAAGAAAAGAAGCGUUGCGAGCGGGCUGGAAAAUGAACGCUAUGCAAACUAUGGAGAAACAUUUGACAGCAUCUAAGAAUCUUACUUUCCUUCUUCCCGCUCCCUUCCUUUUUUUUUAAAUCUUGAUGCAUGUGGAUCGACCCUGCUUGAUUGAUUUAAAGCCCUGAUUGCAUACCUUGUUAGUUUCUUUUUGACCCCGUUGAUUUGGCAGAGAAUCUUACUAGAAAGAUACAUAAUUCAAUUAAACACCAAACAGUAUUUAAAAAAAAAAACAAACACACCGAAGAUUAGUUUAAAACAACUGUUUCCUUCAGGUCGUAUUUUUUCUGAUAACGUAAUAUUGCUUGACUUCUCUGGUAAUAACAAUAGUCAUAACAACGAGAAUCUUAAGAAUAAUAAAUGCUUCUUUCAUGCGUGACUAUGUUUCUUGUUUAAUAAACUUAUUUUUCUACCAGGAAAAAAUCUUUCUCCUUUAUUUAAGUGUAAAUAAUAUGAAUAUGUAUGCAAAAUGAGUUUACAGUUGGCCAAUUAAAAACAGGGAGUUAUUCAAAGUCAAACUAUGAUCUUAUAGUGGUAUUUAACUGAAGUAGCAAACAGUGCACCUCACAGUAAGCUAACAAAUUACAGAAUAGGGUCCUCUAGAUCCUCAAGAUGGCUUUCAGGUAAGAUUUAUGUAUUAUAUAAAUAAUUUGUUUUGAAAUGAAUCCUUUAAAUUAAAAAAAUGAACAAAUUUAAACAAAUCAAUAUAAACUUAUAUGUUAGUUGUAGUACAUGUGCUGACUCUUAUAUUUGAUUCAACAUACUUUAUACAAGGAAUGUUUUUAAAAGUUGGCUUGGUAUUGGAUUUCAUCAUCUUGAAACUGUGCUAGCCUAUGAUUUCCUCUCAGAAAGCAAACAGCUGAUCCUUGUUUU